UUAACAAUUCACUGCCGCCACUGCUUCUUCUUCUCCCUCUUCUUCUUCGUCUUCUGCUUCCUCGCCAAGGGUUUAGCCUUUCUUCUUUGCGUACAGCGCACUCUACCUCUGCGCUCUGCGAAAAUAGGGCUUUAAACGCUCCCUCUCAGAGCUCCCAUGGAUAGAUACCAGAAGGUCGAGAAACCUAAGCCUGAAUCGCCCAUAAAUGAGAACGAGAUCCGAAUUACUUCGCAGGGCUUGCUCCGAAACUACAUCAGUUACGCCACUAGUCUUCUGCAGGAGAGACGUGGGAAAGAGAUAGUAUUGAAAGCUAUGGGUCAGGCGAUCAGCAAGACUGUGGCUAUUACUGAGAUUAUCAAGAGAAGAUUUCCUGGUUUGCACCAAGACACUGCCAUCAGCUCAGUAAGCAUAACUGAUGUAUGGGAACCCAUCGAAGAAGGUCUUGAGACAGUGGAGCAGACUCGCCAUGUGUCUAUGAUUUCCAUCACCUUGUCUACAAAGGAGCUGAACAAGAGUUCUCCUGGGUAUCAAGCUCCAUCUCAUUCAGAGCAGGGAAGAUGGUAUAAUAACUAUCAGCCGCAGCAGCAUCAGCCACCUAGACAAGCACUUGCGGUUUAUAAUGCUGGUAACGAAGAUUCUUAUGGUCGAGGAAGAGGCCGUGGUAGAGGGAGGGGACGGGGUUGGAGCAGAGGUGGUUAUGGGAACUAUCAGGGAAAUUAUAGAGGAAACUACCAGGGGAAUUAUAGAGGGAACUAUCAGGGGAACAAUCAAGGAAGCUAUCAGGGGAACAAUCAAGGAAGCUAUCAGGGGAACAAUCAAGGAAGCUAUCAGGGGAAUAAUCAAGGAAACUAUCAAGGAAGCUAUCAAGAAAAUGGUGGGUACUCAAACUGGGGUCGAGGUGGUGGUCGUGGUAAUUGGGGCUACCGUGGCACUGGAUAUGGACGAGGUGGAGGUGGUAGGGGCUAUGGGGGUCGUGGACGUGGUGGACGGAUAGGAAACCGUGGUGGUCCAAGAGGGGGUGGCAGCAACCGAGCAUAGUGUGUGGGAUUGGUGGCCUUGCUUGCUCGCCUUUGCUUGAGUGGGGUUAUUAUGUCAGAAGUCUCUUGUGUCUAAAAAGCAUGAAAUUACGGGGUUUAAGAGUGGGUUUUGUUGGUUUUCAGCAUCAUAUGAUAUGUGGGAAAAGUUUAUUUGAGAGUAAAUUGCUUUUUAGUUUUUAUGAAGCCAAGCAAAGAAGCCAAUUCUGACUGCUGUCACAUUUGUUUCACACUGAAGUUGCAGAUAUCUAUAUUAUAUUUGUUCUUCCACAUCUUCUU